AUGUUAACUUCUAUAGUUUUUCACUUAUCCAAUACUUUGAUUGUUAAACGACCAACAAGUGCUAGUAGUACAAGUGGUAAUUCUUGUUGUCCAACAACAAUAAAUCAACGAGCUCGUUCGAAUUCAUCCUCUGCAUCUAUACCAUUAGGUCGACAAACACCUAUAACAUCUCGUUCAUCAUUAAAAACAAAAUCGAAUAAACAAAUAAAUAAUUCAAAUUCAACAAAAUCAUCUGUUCCUUCUAUUUCAACUCAAAGUUAUUUAUUAGGUAAUGUUGAUUUAGAUGAUGAAGAUGAUUUAUUAACUAAAUAUCAAUAA